ACCGAGGAAAGGAAGCGCGCGGAGGAGCGGCGCGGCUGCCCCCGGGGCCGGUCGGAGCGGGAAAGUGGGGUCCCGCGAGCUCCGAGCUUUCAUAGCUGCCAGUUCCUGUUUAUACUCCAGAACCAACCAAUAAGCUGUAACCUGUGUCAACCAACCAAAACUCAGCAAACAUCAACCAAUCAGAACUAAGCAAGUUUGCAUCCUUCAUUUGCAUAAAUGGAGGAGCAUGGGAACCUGGGUUGACAUUUUGGUGACCCAAACGGGACCUGAAGCAGACCUCCAGUGAUCACUGUCACUUCACUGACAACUGGAGACCUGGUGCCAGUAGUUUAUCCAACCUUCUGGAGUCAACCAUGAUCCCUGGAAAGGCCCCUCUCAAGUUUUAAUCUUCCUGGCUUGCUUGAGGAUUGAGACAUUAUUUGAGCUACACACAUUCCUAAAUUGAUAGGGCUGAAAUUGAAACUCUACUGUUCGAUCUGUUACCAAAAAGGAAAAGAAAAAUCUUCUGUUGUGUAAUUGCUUUUUCUCAUGAGAAGCCCAGUUAGAUAACCUGGAAGUCAAACCUGAUGAAAAAGGAGGAAAAAUUGAGGCAUGGAGAUAGAAAGACUGUAAAUGUGAUAGCCAAGGGCUGGAUCCCACUGGAUUAGUCAAAGUAGGACAAUAUGCUUGCAUUUUCCUGCAAUUGUUUAUUAACUGGAGCUUUCAUUCUUCACUUAAUCAGUGGUUCAUAAGCUAUGAAUCUAGGUUGAGCCCCUACAUUCCCAUGUGCAAAGAACAUUAUAAAAUCACUAACGUGGAAAUAUAGUCUCCUAACUUUUGGGUCCUGUUAUUACUUUUAAAAUACAAAUUUAUUUGUAUCAUCCUUUAGUCAUUAGGUAUUUUCUGAAGCAAUGGAAGCUGAAAGUACAGAAACUACACGCAGAAUCUUCUACAUUUGUGGACGAUGAAAAAGGAGUCUUUGUUUUUUAAAAAAUCAGAAAGCAGUGCUCUAGGGGCUUCUAAUAUAUAAGGAAAUUAUUGUAAUUUCACAUGCAAUAUGUUCUAAAUCUUGAUCUCUUAAUCAGAAUCGUAGAGAAUCUCUCUUCUAGGUUUGCAGUUAAUGGUGAAAACCAAAAGCUCCACCUUUGGCUGGAUAGUGGAUAGAGGGGGUUGGAGGCUGCGGCAAGGUAAACUACAACUCCCAGGAUUCUUUGGUGGGCUCUCUGGGAGAUGUAGUUUAGUCCCGCCUUGGCCCCUCCCUGCCUCACACCAUCUCUACCCCGGCUCUGGGCUCACGUUCUGGAUAAGGACGGCGUGGGGGCGGUUGUCUCAUGACAAUUUCAUUCUCGUUUUGUCAUUUUUCUCAUUUAGCUCAUUUUUGUCAUUUUAGUACAUUGUUAGGCAUGCUCUAGGACUACUCCUUCGGAGAGAGGUCGUUGCGGAGGAGGGGCCGGGAGCGUGUGUUAACCCGGAAGAAGUGAACCAGGAAGUCAACGUGAUUUCGGGUUUGUUGGGCUGAAAUGUGGCGGGUCUCUGAAGGUUCCGACCUCAGUAAAGAGAGCUGACGUCUAUUCUUCUUUUUCUUAGGUACUGUGCAUAGUUCGUUCCUGAUCUUCGCCGCCGCCUCCUGUAUUACCUCUUUAUGGAAUCACUCCAUCUACUGAGUUACACAGCAUGGUUUGCCCGUGCUGCUGCCCCGCGGGCUGUCGCUUCUAACCUGCCUACACUUAGAACUUUCCCCAAAGCAUCAGAGUAAUACUGUUACUGUGAUGGGUAAUGGAGAAGUCGUGCUGUUCCCAGAUGCUGAGAUGAAUCGUCACCUGUGUGUUUGGCUUUUUAGACAUCCAUCUCUUAAUGGUUACCUCCAGUGUCACAUCCAGCUCCAUUCUCAUCGAUUUAGACAGAUACAUCUUGAUACAAGGCUGCAAGUUUUUAGACAAAACAGGAAUUGCAUUUUUCAUCUGUUAAGUAAGAAUCGGCCCAGGAGAUAUUGCCAUCAAGACACCAAGAUGCUUUGGAAGCAUAAAGCACUACAGAAAUAUAUGGAGAACCUGAAUAAGGAGUACCAAACACUUGAGCAAUGUCUGCAGCAUAUCCCUGUGAAUGAAGAGAACCGAAGGUCCUUGAACAGAAGGCAUGCUGAGUUGGCACCUCUUGCAGCCAUUUACCAAGAAAUUCAAGAGACUGAACAAGCAAUUGAAGAAUUAGAAUCAAUGUGUAAAAGCCUAAAUAAACAAGAUGAAAAGCAGUUACAAGAACUUGCACUGGAAGAAAGGCAAACCAUUGAUCAAAAAAUCAAUAUGUUGUACAAUGAGCUUUUCCAGAGCCUUCUGCCAAAGGAGAAAUAUGACAAAAAUGAUGUUAUUUUAGAGGUGACAUCUGGAAGAACUACUGGAGGUGACAUCUGCCAACAAUUUACCCGAGAAAUAUUUGACAUGUACCAGAAUUAUUCGUGCUAUAAACACUGGCAAUUUGAACUUCUGAAUUAUACACCAGCAGAUUAUGGUGGACUACAUCAUGCCGCCGCCCGAAUUUCUGGUGACAGUGUCUAUAAGCAUUUGAAGUAUGAGGGUGGGAUUCACCGAGUUCAGCGUAUCCCCGAGGUGGGCCUGUCCUCAAGGAUGCAGCGCAUUCACACAGGAACGAUGUCGGUUAUUGUCCUUCCUCAACCAGAUGAGGUGGAUGUGAAAUUGGACCCCAAGGAUUUGCGAAUAGAUACAUUUCGAGCCAAAGGCGCAGGAGGGCAGCAUGUUAACACAACUGAUAGUGCUGUCAGACUUGUCCACAUCCCCACAGGGCUAGUAGUAGAAUGCCAACAAGAAAGAUCACAGAUAAAAAAUAAAGAAAUAGCUUUUCGUGUGUUGAGAGCUAGACUCUACCAGCAGAUUAUUGAGAAAGACAAGCGUCAGCAACAAAGUGCUAGAAAACUGCAGGUGGGAACAAGAGCCCAGUCAGAGCGAAUUCGGACAUAUAAUUUCACCCAGGAUAGAGUCAGUGACCACAGGAUAGCAUAUGAAGUUCGUGAUAUUAAGGAAUUUUUGUGUGGUGGGAAGGGCCUGGAUCAGCUAAUUCAGAGACUGCUUCAAUCAGCAGAUGAAGAAGCCGUUGUUGAACUUUUGGAUGAACACCUUAAAUCAGCAAAAUAAAUACUGACUUAUUAUUAUUUAUGAUUAUAUAAAUGAAAUGGACCUAUAUCAAGAGGCAGACUGAGGUUUGGAAAUCUUUAUGAAUAUUUGUAAAUUACAGCUAUAAGAACACAUUACACAUAAAUAUAUGUUUUUUAAUGAAUCGAAGUCACAUUUCCUAACCUAAGGAUUUAUUUUAGGUUUCCUGUAAAGUACGAUCCAACUCAUCAAGUAGAAAAUAAGCAUGCAUCACUGAAAAGGGAAAGUAUUGAGAAGUGAUUGUGCGAUUUAGGACAGGUCACUUGUUCUCUUUAUACGCCUUUUUUCCCUGCCAUCUAUGAAUUAAUUUAAAUACAUUUUUCAUCUACUACUUCAGGAAAAUAUGGUAAAAUUUAGUGAAAUAUGAAUGACAGGCUUACUUAUAAACCUUUUAUUUAAAGACAAAGUACUUUGGCCUACAGUGGUUGCUUAUGCCUGUAAUCCCAGCGCUUUGAAGGGCCAAAAGGGGAAGAUUUCUUGAGGCAACAAUUUGAUACUAGCCUGGGCAAAAUAGACCCCAUGUCUACAAAAAAAUUCAAAACAUAAAGAAAAAACAUAAUACUGUUAAUCAUGUUAAAGUUAAGACUUACAGACUUCAACUUUUAAAUAAAAAUUAUGAAGAAUAUGAGUCACUGAAUAGCAAUGAGCAUCUAGGUACAGACUGUAAAGCUCUUUGAUUGCUGUAUGAAUUCUACACUAUAUAAACAUAAGCUGAUAUUUUAAAUAGAC